AUGCCGUGCGAGUCGACCACUGUUGAAUCGUCCACAGCCGAUUCCGCACAUGUCAGCGUGUCGCCUACUGUUGAAUCGUCUACAGCCGAUGUCGCACAUGCUGGCGAGUCGACCACUGUUGAAUCUUCCUCAGCCGAUGUCGCUCAUGCCAGCGAGUCGACGACUGUUGAAUCGUCCACAUCCGAUGUCGCACAUGCCAGCGAGUCGACCACUGUUGAAUCGUCCACAGCCGAUGUUGCUCAUGCCAGCGAGUCGACUACUGUUGAAUCGUCCACAGCCGAUGUUGCUCAUGCCAGCGAGUCGACCACUGUUGAAUCGUUCGAUGCCACAGCUCUUGCAAGCGAGUCGACCACCGUUGAAUCGUCCACAGCUGUCGACGCCUUCGCCAGCCAAUUGCUUCAGCCACCAGCGAUCCACCCUUCCAUAAAAUCCGAAAGUAUAGAUUCUCUCAGAAAUAGUUCAUUAUUUAUUCCCGAAAAUACUGGAGUGAUUGAAGAAUUUAUAAAUGAAAAUUCUUCUUCGAAUUUUGAAAUAUCAAGACCUUCGAUGCUGAAUUUAUCUAACUCCGAAUCCACCAUCAAAGCUGUAAAUUCUGAUGUCACCAUCGAUGCCCCAGAAUUCCCUCCAUCAGGAAUUCCGAUUGAUUCAUCAAAUGUUGAAAUCAAUGAAUAUUAUCGUUUGACUACCUCUGAGUCGGUUUCCCUAACCACUGAGAAAGCCCCAAUAGUGGCGGAGCCGUUAUCCCUGAACCUUUUUUCGGAUACAAAUGAAGAUUUUGAUGAGACUCCUGACGUUUCCAACGGUAAGUUUUCCACACAGAAACCGCAAUCUCAAUCGCUUCUAAAAAACUUAUUGACUGCUGCUUUGAUUUUACCUUUCCAGUCGGUCUCUCGUACUAGAAACGACCAGGUACCCGAGACCAGUAAUAACAAGUCCCGUGACGUCUUGUUCGUUCGACGUUUUCUGGUAACGCAAGACGAGUCAUCGGAGUUCGAUCAAACCAGGGAUACGGAAUCCAGCGAGCUGACCUCUGUUCAAUCGUCCCAAGCCGCAGCCGCUCAUUCCAGUCAAUCACGUCAGUUUUCUGCUUUCGACCCUUCCAGAAAACCUGAAGGUAUAAUGGAUUCUUUCCAAAGGCGGUCAUUAUUUGUUUCUCCAACAAUUGUUCCCUCGACAACUGGAAUGACUGACGAAAUCGGAAAUAAAAAUGAUUCGGCAACUUUUGAAAUGGCAAGGCUUUCGCUAAUUAAUUCAUCAUUUCCUGACUCCACAAGCAAAGAUGGUACUUCUGAUAUCACCGUUAAUGCAGAAGAAUCAAUUCCAUCAGGCUUACCCACAGAUUCAUCGAAUGUGGACGUGGAGUAUUAUUAUCGACUGCCAACCCCUGAGUCGGUAAUACCACUAACAACUGAGGAAGCACCGCAACUAGCGGUGCCUAUUUCUCUCGACCUAUUUUCGGAUACAAAUGCAGUUUUUGACGCAACUCCUGAUGUUUCCAAUGCUAUUGCUCCUGCACCGCCAUCUCAGUCGGUACUUGGGAACAUGUUGGGUGCGGCUUCGCUUUUACCAUUGAUGUCAGUCCCUCAUGCUGGCACCGACCAGGUCCCUGAGACCGGAACAAACAAGUCCCAUGAUGUGUUAUUCGCUCGACGUUUUCUAGUAACACAAGACGAUUCAUCACAGUUCUAUAAGAGAAAUGAUACGGAAAUUGGUACAAAACGCACGGAGGUUUUCAACCCAACCAAUUCUACACGACAGCAAACCGAACCAAAGUCCAUGGCGGAGUUCAGAUCAUCACUGGACGAACCCUUCUACCUGAGCGACUGUAGCGUGGCAGCGCCAUACCUUAGUGAUGAACGAGUACGUGGCGCCAUACACCAGUCGUAGUGAUGAACGUGGUGGAACCAUUCCUUAGUGAUGAACGAGUACGUGGCGCCAUACACCAGUCAUAGUGAUGAACGUGGUGGCACCAUACCUGAAACUUAGUGAUGAACGAGUGGACCGCGGUGAUGAAUGAACCUUUUUUAUGAAUUAGUGAAUCGUAGUUAUGAAUCACAGAACCUUAUAGACGAAGUGAUGUAUUAGUCAUAGUAGCGAUGAAUGAAAAACAGAUGGAUUAGAGAACCUUGGAAAUGAAAACGUGUGUCCUGGCGAUGAACGAGAGAGUCGUACUGAUGAAUGAAUGGUUUCAAUGAAAGGUUCCUGAUGAAUUUAAUGCACACUAGGAUUAUUUGUCCGCAACUAAUCGUUAGUUCGGCUUCUAGCGUUAAACGAACAACAGACGGCAUUAAUGAGGCCGCAUGGAGUUUUAAAAUUUUUUAUCCCUUGAAUUCAACAUAGGUUUUGUCAUGUUAUGUUAAAGCUCAGUUACUAAAUUAAUUCAACUUAAUUUUUAAAUCUUCAUUUAAGGCGUAAUAUACUUUGUAGUUAUGCUCGUUUUUCGGUUAGAAAUUUGAAUUAACAUCCGAAUGAUUUUAGCCUUAGACUUACAUUAGUAUUAUAAAUGUUUUAUUUCUAUAAAAUGCACUUGUGCAGGAUUCUCUUGACCAUCAAGUAUAUCAAUCUCGGUGUGUCCUGAUGGUGCAGCUUAUAUUGUACACGUAGAUUAAGUAAAUUAACCAA